AUGAAAUGUAGUUUUGGGUAUCUGAAGGUUGCAGUAUGUGCGUUGGUUUCGAUAAAUUACAUAUUUCCAAUAGAAGGUUGCAUACUGGACGUCAGUCAGACGGCGUUCCCACCACAUGUAGAUAUUUUCGAGGGUAAAUUUGGCAGAGGUGGCAUAUAUAGGAUGUUCCAUUCAAAAUGUUCAACAAUCCGAUUGGUUACAUACGGAGAUCGUAUUUUGAGUAUUUUAAAACAUCGCAACGCCGUUGUAAGAGAUGUAUAUGUACAAGUCUACACGAUUGAUAAUCAUACAAUUAUUUCAAUAACUCGUGUUUUGGGGGAUAAUAAUCGCACCUAUACAUCUUUUCAUGAGGUCAUCGGUACUACGGUGAAGUUUUCAUCCCGUAGAGUGAAAGAGAGUAUUGUAACAAGCCCUAUAUCACUGCGACUAGAUAUCGAUACGGAUAAGGUACACCCGUUCAUAGCUACCAUAUGUGGAUGCGCGGAACAUAGGUUUAAAACGUGGUCCGUUUUACCAUCGCAUAAGAAUUACCUCGACGAAGGGACGAUUGCCCGCUUGCGAAAUGGCUCGGGCGUGUUUGUCAUAUCCCCUGUUAUCAAUAUAGAUAAACAAUUCCGCAAUCGCUACAGUCCGCCAACAUCACUCAGUUCAUUUAGCAAUGAGGUCCGAGUUUCACCAACGGGCGAAACCGUAACGAUAUGGAUCAAAUAUAUGAACGCAUUAAAGCCAUUCUUGAUCCUAAUACCUCCAGUUGAGAUGGGUAUAUUCAAACCAGCAAACAUAUUUCGGAACCCGUACGUUUUUGCAGCGCAGUGUCCCCAUGGCGAUCUGUCAAGACCUGUUGGCGUAACUAUAGACAUUUCUAGUAAGGAGAGCGAUGUAGAACACCUGGUAGUUUUGGCUGACCUGAGAAGGGGAUGUUGGUUGUAUACUCAGUAUAGCCUCGUACCUUUACUGGAACAAAGCCUCGUAUCAGUUACGGUUAUGAAUUCGGAGAACUACCAAAUAUACAAAGUAACACCCGACUCGAUCGUUACCCAUGUAGAAGUGUUCAAUCACGUCAAACACGGGUGGCAAUACGUUGUAGUAAAUAUUAAAAAACUGGAGGGACAUGAUGCACUGGAUAUACAAAAAGUUUAUAAACGUAUAGACGUUGACGGCGGACUGGCUUACUUUGACCUUGACAACUUCUGGUCAGAACCAUAUCUAGACAUGCUAUACAAUAUCGACACUCUAGACACGUGUAAUGACUACAAUGGAACACGUGAUAUCCUGCAGGAGGCCUUUCAGCCAAUAGGCGUUCCUAACUGA